CAACCAUGCCCGAACGCGUGCGCACCGUUUUCGAUGACGCGGCCAACUCUCCGGGCCCCGCAAAGCCCCAAUCGCCUGCCGCCAGCUCGCUGAACCCUGCCAAGAAGCGCAAGCGCGACAACCGCCCCGAGAAGCACACGAACGGGACCAAGGAAGGGCAAGAUAGCCCGAAGGCGCAAAGAGACGCGCCGCACAAGCACUUCAAGAAACAGCACAAUGGCACCCCAAAUGGCACGCCGCACAAAGCCGACCGCCGCCCCACCUCCCUCUCCCAGAAGCGCGAGGCCCUCCUCCCCGUGCGCAAGUCGCUCCCGAUCUGGGCGCACCAGAACGAGAUCCGCUCGUCGCUCGCCGCCUCCAAAGACGUUUUGAUUCUCGUCGGCGAGACCGGUUCCGGAAAGUCGACACAAGUGCCGCAGUUCUUGCUGGCGGAGCCAUGGCUCGCGUCGACGCAGAUUGCGAUUACGCAGCCCCGUCGUGUGGCUGCUAUCUCGCUGGCAAGGCGUGUCGCGGACGAAAUGGGCAGCCCGCUGGGUAAUUCCAGCCCGGCGAGCAGAGUCGGCUACGCGGUUCGGUUCGAUACGAACAUCAGUCCGAGCACGAAGAUAAAGUUCUUGACGGAGGGUAUGCUUCUGCAGGAGCUGUUGCGGGAUCCGUGGCUGAAGGCUUACGGCGCGGUCGUGGUCGAUGAGGUGCACGAACGGAGUGUCAACGUGGAUCUGGUUCUGGGUUUCCUGCGGCGAAUCGUCUGCGGAAAUUGGGAAAAGGGCAGAAACGGGCGCAGGUUGAAGGUCGUGGUCAUGAGUGCAACGGCAGAUACGGAGAGGUUGUUGAAAUUCUUUGAUCAGGGCUACGCGGAGGUCAAGAAGGGUGAGGGGAAGUCUGUUGAUUCUAAUAAGGAAGUGAAGGAGUCGAAAGAGGCAAAGGAUGGCGCCGAAGAGGAAUGGCAGGUGUCGAUAUCCACCUGUCACAUCGAAGGUCGUAUGUUCCCGGUUAAGACUUCGUAUCUGCCGGAGCCUACGCAAGAUUUUGUGGAGGCAGCGCUCAAGACCAUCUUCCAGGUCCAUUACAAGGAGCCACUUCCGGGAGAUGUUUUGGUGUUUUUGACGGGCCAGGACACCGUGGAAACGCUGGAGAAGCUUGUAAACGAAUAUGCCGCCGGCAUGGGAUCGGAAAUCCUCACUCUACCUCUAUUCGCAGCGCUCCCGCAAAAUCUCCAACAACGCGUCUUCCUCCCUGCGCCACCUCGCACUCGCAAGAUCAUCCUGAGUACCAACAUCGCCGAAACCUCCGUCACAGUCCCAGGCGUUCGUCACGUCAUCGACAGUGGAAAGUCGAAGAUCAAGCAGUUCCGCCCUGCGCUGAACCUUGACUCGCUUUUGGUGAAGCCAAUCUCGCAGUCUGCUGCAAUUCAACGCAAGGGUCGUGCCGGUCGUGAGGCACCCGGAAACUGUUUCCGGUUGUACACAGAAAAGGGCUACACAGAGUUGCAAAAGGACACGACGCCUGAGAUUCUGAGAUGCGAUCUUAGUGCGGCGCUGCUCACGAUGAAGGCACGCGGCGUCCGGGACGUGCUGAACUUUCCAUUCCUGGACCCUCCGCCACGCGAGGCGCUCGAGAAGGCGCUUCUUUUGCUGUUCCAACUCGGCGCGCUGAAGGAUGAUGGCGAGAUUUCGGACAUUGGGUUGCAAAUUGCCAAGUUGCCCUUGACACCGACGCUGGGACGUUGUUUGGUGGAAGCGGCAACGGAGGAGCGCGACUGCCUCGAGGAGAUUGUGGAUAUCGUCGCCGGUCUGAGCGUCGAAAACGUCUUCGUGAACGUCGUUACCGAGGAGAAGAGAGAAGAGGCCGAGUCGGCUAGGCGGGAGCUGUUCCGCCGCGAGGGCGACCAUCUCACGCUCCUCGCUACCAUCCAGGCAUACGCCUCCGAGCGCAGUGACCGCAAAGCAUGGUGCGAGCGGCGAUUCGUGAGCCACCGCGCCAUGCAGAACGUCAUGGACAUCCGCAAGCAGCUCCGCGCACUCUGCACGACACUCAAACUCUCCUCGACGCCCUUCACCAGCAACGAUGAGCCCGCCCGUCCCUCCGAAGACCGCAACAACAACAUCCUGCUAGCGCUGCUACGCGGUUUUGCGCCCAACACGGCGCGCCUGAUGCCCGACGGCAGCUACCGCACGCUGGUGGGCAACCAGACUGUCGCGAUCCAUCCAUCCAGCGUGCUGUUUGGGCGCAAGGUCGAGGCCCUGGUGUUUAGCGAGUUUGUGUUUACGAAUAAGAGUUAUGCGAGGGGCGUUAGUGCUGUGCGGCUGGAUUGGGUCGUCCAGGGGCUGGGCGGUUAGUUAGAGGUUAGAAUUGGAUGUAAAGGAGGAGGAGGAAUACCCAUAGAGUGGCGUUGAGUGUGUAGAUUUGAUAUUGCAAUAGAUGGAUCUGGCGGCUUCCUAACGCAUGCGAC